CCUUCACAUCACACAUACACACGCCAAUCUCUAUCUCUCUCUCUCUCUCCAUAUAUAAUCUUUGCCCAUUGCACUUCCUAAUCCCAAAACCAUUCUCGCUCUACACAAUCACUCAUAAGUCAUAACUGAAUAGUAGUUUCAGUGGAGUCGAUAUAAUGGAAGCAUUGAAUAAUAGAAGCUCAUCGUGCACGGCGUCUUCUUCGGACUCUUCGUCGUCGGAGUCAACGCAAAGGAAUCCCAACAGGCCCGAGAGGAUCAAAGGUCCAUGGAGCGCAGAAGAAGACCGGAUCCUGACCCGCUUGGUGGAGAGAUACGGGGCACGAAACUGGUCUCUCAUUAGUCGCUACAUAAAGGGGAGGUCGGGCAAGUCCUGCAGACUAAGGUGGUGCAACCAGCUAAGCCCAACGGUGGAGCACCGUCCCUUCUCCUCCCACGAGGACGACACCAUCAUCGCCGCCCAUGCCCAGUACGGUAACAGAUGGGCCACCAUUGCCAGGUUAUUGCCGGGCCGAACCGAUAACGCCGUAAAGAACCACUGGAACUCCACUCUCAAGCGGAGGGCCAGAGACCAACGUCGCGGUGGUAGUGCUACCGGAGUUCACGCUACUUGCGCUUCUCUUGCUGCGGCGCCAACAAACGAGAGAGCCUCGUGUUCUUCAGGGGCCCUGCCACCUUGCACGUUGCCCUUGGAGGAUGACCCGUUGACUGCGUUGACUCUUGCCCCGCCUGGGAUUGAUCGUGGUAGCGGUGCGAUGGAGGCGGAGCAACAGCGAGCCUCGCCGGAGACUAGUGUGGGUUCAGGGUUUUGGGAUGUGAUGAGGGAUGUGAUUGCCAGGGAAGUGAGGGAAUAUGUAUCUUCAAAUUUCUCUGACCACUCUAAUUUUCAUUGAGACUUGUCUAUGAACUAUAUGAUGAAUCACAAUAGUUUUCGCUUUCUUUUUUGGUUCUUACUAAUGAAUGUCGUGUUGUUGUUUUUAAAGUAUAUUCUGCACUUCAAUUAAUUUUUUACUUAUGGUGUAUGUAAAUAAUAAUCUUCUUCUUUC